UGUAUUUUGUUUUGGGGCCCAGUCUGUAUUUUGUUUCGGGACCCAGUCUGUAUUUUGUUUCGGGGCCCAGUCUGUAUUUUGUUUUGGGACCCAGUCUGUAUUUUGUUUCGGGACCCAGGGAAAUUGCACCUCAUUGUUUUGGUCGCAUUGAGAACCAGAAGUUCAGUAAAUUCCGUCCAGCAGCGUAUUUGACUCUUUGUUCUGAUUAAAUAACCUCCUGAACUAUUUGACCUCCAGCCUGUCCUGAGGGCCGAGGAGGAUGAUGAUCUACCGGCUAACACCGGUUCCGGUGUUCCGCCCCCCGCCGCUCCCGCCACCCCCUCCCUCCGACGUCAUUACGUCACUCUGCAUCCCGAAGCCUGACGAGUCGCAGCCAUUUUACUCCGCGAAAUAAACUUCAGCCUCGCAGCCAGACAGCAGAAAACAACCCUCAGCUCCAUGGACGUCUCCUGACCCACAACUCGGAUGGAUUCUGGUUUCGAGUUCGUCGGAGUUCGGUAGCAAGCAGGCCUAACAUAACGGGACGGUGACACAGACCCCUCUCAAUUGCUCUCUCCAGCCUCCGCUCCUGAGGCAGGAUGGAGCCCUGGGGUUCUCAGGGGCAGCUCGGAGCAGAGGGAGAUUGUGAGAUGUCCAGUCUCCUGGUGCCGAGCCCCCAGAGUGAGGCGGUGACCCAUGAGAUGGAGGAGCUGUCCCUGCAGCCCACACAGAGCCUGCCUCCUCUCAAUGAACGCAAGAAUGUGCUGCAGUUGAGGCUUCAACAGAGGCGGACCCGGGAGCAGCUGGUGGAUCAGGGCAUCAUGCCACCUCUGAAGAGCCCAGCAGCUUUCCAUGGACAGAUUCGCAGCUUGGAAAGAGCCAGGACUGAGAAUUUCCUCAAGCACAAGAUCCGCAGUCGUCCAGAGCGAGCGGAGCUGGUCAGGAUGCACAUCCUGCAAGAGACCGGAGCAGAGCCCUCACUACAGGCCACCCAGAUGAAGUUGAAGAGGGCGCGGCUGGCUGACAACCUGAACGAGAAGAUCGCCCAGAGGCCGGGCCCGAUGGAGCUGGUGGAGAAAAACAUCUUGCCAGUGGAUUCCAGCCUUAAAGAAGCCAUCAUAGUGGGCCAAGUGAACUAUGCCAAGGUUCUGGAUGAAGACGGAUGCUAUGAUGCCAUGUCUCCAGACCAACCGGCCAGCCAGGAGUCUCAGAGCUCUGCCCCCUCACCAGGGGAGAGUAAAGUCCCAGAAACCCCGUCUCCAGGCCCGGCACCGGCAGUACUAACCACCACCAUGCUGCAGCUCUUCCCAACAACAGAUUUCCCAAAGGCAGUCUCAGCCAAUGAGCAGCCUCUUAGCUGUACAGCUGUCCACACGGUCCAGUCCACCGCUGCACCCGCUCCUUCCAAACCAGGACCGACUCUGGUGAAACAAAGCCAACAGAAAUCUCUGUCGGAGAAGACUCGCAGCAAGAAGGGCAGAGAGCUGAAGUCGAGGGUGAAAAAGCUCAAGUACCACCAGUAUGUCCCUCCAGACCAGAAGCAGGAGGUCAGUGAAGCACCCAUGGACUCUUCAUAUGCUCGCCUGCUGCAGCAGCAGCAGCUGUUCCUCCAGCUGCAGAUCCUGAGUCAGCAGCAGCAGCAGCAGCACUACAACUACCAGACUAUCCUCCCUGCUCCACUCAAACCUGUGGCAGAGGGACAGAGCAGCAGCGUCGGUACCCUGCCGACCUCCAUCGUAGUGUCCUUGCCCACUCCUCCUGCACCUCCUGCUCCACCUCGACCCAACAACCUACUGUCCAACCGCAAGCCAGGGGUCCUGCCAGCCAACCUUGAUGAAAUGAAGGUGGCUGAGCUGAAACUGGAGCUGAAGCUGCGUGGCCUUCCGGUGUCGGGAACAAAAACGGAUCUGAUAGAAAGACUGAAACCUUUCCAGGAAAAUACCAACAUCACUCCUCUUUCCACCAUUCCUGCCACCACCACCAUCUCCUCCAUCCCUGUGGAGGUCACCCCAACCACAACACCCACCAUAGUUCUUCCAGUCCACCAGGUGGCCCCAGAGAUGAUGUGCUCCACUCCACCUAACUCACCCAUUCCCUUUGAUCAGUCUUGCCUCCAGCAGGAUGGAGGUAUGUCUGAAGCUUCAUCUGAAAUCCAGAAGGGAAGCUCCGGUUCCCCUCAGGCCCCGUUGCAGGUCCCUGAGGAGAAGGACAGAAGGCUCCAUGAGAAGGAGCGGCAGAUAGAGGAGCUGAUGCGGAAGCUGGAGCAGGAGCAGAGGUUGGUGGAGGAGCUCAAGAUGCAGCUUGAGGUGGAGAAGAGAGGUCAGAUUGACUCCAUGUCUUUAUCCCCCUCACACACGUCUGUGAGUUCUGCUCCUACAGUCCUGAGCUCAAACGUUGUAAAAAUGGAGGGUCCGAUCCAGUCGAACUGUUCUUCCACCACCAUUCCAAACUCCAUCCUUAACUCACAGGCUCUUAGUGCCCCCCAGCCACAGGUGGUGAAGCUGGAGGAUGUCACCGUCUCCUCUGGCCAGCCCCUGCAGCUCCAGACUCAAACACAGCUCAUCACUCAGAUCCAGCACCAGAACCAAGUAACCACUAGCCCCAAGCUGGACCCCCGGAACCAGCACCAGUCCCAACCUGCACCCCCCAGCCUGCAGCAGUUCUUCAUCACCCACCCUGCCGGGGUGUCCCAGGUGCUGGGUCAACCUCAGACCCUGUUGACUACAACGGGCCAGGCUGGUACUCAGAUCUUCGUCCCAGUCUCACUACCUACCAGCUCUACGACCAUCCAGCUACCAAGCACCACUGUCAGCCUGCAGCCUGUCCUCAAGGCCUCGACCUCCAACCCAGGUCUGGUCCAGGCUUCACUUCCUCAGCUGCAGAGCACCAAGAUGGAGAUAACGGCGAGCCAGCAGCCACUGCUGCAGACUCUGACUAUGUGUAACAACACCACUGCUUUGGGGAACCAGAGUAGAAAUGAGAUGAAUCCUCAGUGUUUUCUUCAGAGCUCCCCAGAGAGCAGAAUGUCUCCUCAGAUCUCCCCCAACCGCCAGGUCUCCAACGGACCCCUCAAUAAGCCGGCCUUCGUCCUCCAGUCCGCCUCCCUGGUUAAUCAGCCUCCAAAAACACGAGAACCUCCCCGCUAUGAGGAGGCGGUCAAGCAGAGCCGCGGUCUGCACAUGAGCAACGCUUCACAGGUUCCCACGGCAACCAGCCAGCACAUGGAUGACCUGUUUGACAUCCUGGUGGAGAGUGGAGAGAUCCCUCCAUUCCUCCAUCAGGACCCUCCAGGCCCUCUGAAUCGGACCCACCCGGUCACAGCCAGCAUCACCAAUCUUCCUGUCAACACGGCCCUGUCCCGCUCACCGCCACAGAUCCAGUUGGCUCCUCCCGCUGCGCUCAGCGCUACCAACAGCCCCGGCCUUGCUGGUCUCCCCCCGCUGGUCACAGACAACCAGCUGGAGGCCUUCCUGGAGAGGACUCUGGCUGAGACGCCGCCCGCGUCGGACCCACGGACUCGGGGCUUGAUGGAGGAGCUGCAGGGCCAUCUGGUGGAUCAGCAAUCCUUCAUCCCUAUGGACACGUCAGAUAUGUCGUUCCACGACUCCUCCGCUUACCCGGCCUCGCUCAACUUAGCCCUGUUCGACCCAAACCUGGAUAACAUGGAGUGGCUGGACCUCACGGCUGGACCGUCCUCGCCACCCGGGUUCCCGACAGAGUUCCUGGAAGCACAGGACAUGCAGCUGCACUUUGACUGACAGAACAUCUGAGAAUGAGGUUAGCAUAGAAGGAGAAAUCUCAGCAUGUUGCUCUUCCUCUGCCAAAUCAUUCCCAGCAUCUGUAAUAUUCCUACUGUCCUGCAGAACAUCUCGCUGUAUAGCAGAGUUCUGACCGAAGCGGAUCCGCAGCCAUUGGUGUUUGCACAGCUUUACCAGAGGCGACGGCGGCGCCGCCAGGAGAGCUGAUCAGUCAGGGAUUUUAAUCUGAGCUGACUUUUAGUUUCUAAAAUCAGGAUUUUAUUGAUUAUUUCCAGAGCCAAGGAGACGGUAAGAACUGUAAAUCCAGUUUAAACCACACUAACAGAACCAAUGAGCUGAUGCUUCAUCUCUUAGCUUGUCAGUUAAAGCAGACAGUUUCUGAGUCCUUCUGAUGUUCUGCUGGACAGCAGGAACCAUCACAACAGCUUCUUCUGAAGAGGAAUUGAAGGCAUAUCAACGUGAUGGAUCUCCAUCCCAACCAGAUGAGGUCCUCUGGGUUUUCUCAUUCUGUCACUCGUAAUAGGAGCGUCUGUACACACUGGUCCAGUUCGGUCCGUUUCCUGACUCGUCUGAUGGUCCAAUCAGACCCAAUCGUGUUCUUCUGAUAAAGUUAUGACUCUAAACUAAAGAUCCUCCGUCGGAUCAGAGCUAUGCACUAAAGAGGCGCCUCAUUCACCUCAGAACAAAGAACUGUGAACGCUGCAUAUCUGAGGCGCCACUUGUUCUGGAGGCCCGGCAGUCGUCCGAGUCUCUGAAGCUGAAUGUACCUUAAAAAUCGGACUUAGAACGACGGCAGCUUUUAAUCCUUCUAAUGAACAGAAGAGUGGAGCAGAGAUCAGUUCGAGAUGCUGAAACCCAUCUGAGGUUGGUCUGCUGCAGUCAUGUCAUAGAAUUAGAUGUUUGAUGAUCUUUCUACAUCCAGCUGGACAGCAGCUGAUAGGUUAGAGAGCUUUAUGAGCCAUUAUCAAGUGACCAGGCGCUCUGUGGAGAAAAUCAAUCAUUCACAAUCCUUUUAACCUUUUACCUUCUGUCACAUUAGAUCCUCAAACUUCCGUCGACUUUAUUGGGAUUUUAUGAUUGAACAACAGCGAUGAAUAGUUAUGAACAGAAACCUGAGAAGAUUCAGCCCUCAUCUUCUUUAACUGCAGAGUGUCUCUGCAACCAACUACUGAUCUCUAACAACUGCUUUCAAAUUUAACCUCAAAUUCUCAGUCGGACCUAGGUUCUGGACUUUAACUAGGCCAUUCACACACACUCCAUUAAAGUGAUAAUAUUUCCCAGCAUAUCAAAUUAUUAUUUAAAAAUAUUUUAUCAUCCUGUUUAUUGUUAUCCCAAUAAAUGCUACAAAUUAUGGCCAUAAAGUUAUAAGUCCAUCUCUAGGUGUGUGUCCAGUUUAAGGGAGUCAGAGUGAUGAGGGAGUAGCUCUACUGUGUUGGUCACAGGAAGUGACAAUAAACACAUUAAAUUUAGUGUUUGUAAUGUGACAAACGGUCCAGGUUGCAUGAGUACUUUUGCGUGUUUGUGUGUUUGUGUGUGUGUGUGUGUGGGAAGUAAGCAUGUUACUGUCCUGUCCUCUGCAUGUACGUGUCUCUGUGUGCAUGUUUAUGCUCUGGCGCUUUAAAAACCCAAUGCUUUCAGCUCCUAAACCCAUCAGAACUGCUCCUGAUGAACGUUGGAGUGUUUUCCUUUGUGUUCGGCUGCUUUUCUGCUCUUUGACACACCGAUGAUAAUCACAUAAAGGACGCUCAGCCACCUACAGGUCCUUCUCAAAAUAUUAGCAUAUUGUGAUAAAGUUAAUUAUUUUCCAUAAUGUCAUGAUGAAAAUUUAACAUUCAUAUAUUUUAGA